AUAGAUUACAAGAAGUUCCGAAGAAGUUUACGUGUUUUCGAUAGAUAUUUUGAACAAAAAUUCAAUAAAUUGCACAAAAUAUGAGUGAACUAUGUUGCAGGUGCAAUCUACCGAAACAACCACCAAAAACAAGUUCAGAAUCAGCAUUUCGCUACAUUUGCCGCCUUUGCUUGAUGCGUGCAGAAGAUACGGAGCCGAUUUUUAUUCAUCCUGGCGAUAACAGUUUGGCCAACAAAAUUUUCGCGUGCACUGGCGUUCAGGUCGAGGAAAAUGCUGCAGUUGGCCCAACAUCAAUUUGCAUGUCCUGCAAGACAUCGGUAUACAAAAGUUAUCAAUUUUUUGAGCUGUGUCAAAGAAAUAAUAAGAUAAUCAAAAACCUUCUGGCAAGCCAACAAAGAAGUUCUGAAUCAACUGGCAAUGAACUUCGAAUGGUAAUUCGCACAGGUGGUGCGAAUCAAAUGCCAACAGUUAAACACAAGCGAACAAAUUCUGGGAGAAAAUCGACACGUAGCAACUUGGAGGAGUCCACAAGUGCAAGCGAUGUUUCCUGGAGUGAGAACGAUGAUGAGAAGGAUGAUGAUGGAGACGAUGAUGCUGAAGAGGUACUUCCUAUCCGGCAAUUAGCAUAUGAAACCGACACCCAAGAAGAGUCCCCUAAAAGGAAAAGGUUGAGCCUUUCCGUUGCAAACAAGGUUCCUUCUCUAGUAAUACCUCUGGCUCGCUUGAACGGUGCUAUUUGUCCGAGUCCAUCUAGCGAGGGGUCUGCUGGUGGAACCUCUCGUGCUUCCACAAUAGAACCGAUAAGGAGUGACGAUUUGUUCAAUUGCGAAUUUUGCGAUGGAUCAUUUCCGUACGCAAUACAAAUCCGGCAACAUAUUGAUCUCUACCAUACCGAUAAAAAGCAUGAAUUGACAUGUAAGUUCUGUUCUAAGUCCUUUUUUACAAGUGCAGAGCUUAACAAGCACAAAGCAGAAAAACAUGUGUCGGACGGUGUAAUCGAAUGCAAAUUAUGCCAACGGUUUUUCGCCAGUCCUCAGGGUUUGCAUCAGCAUUAUCGUUCGAUUAUACACAGAGCAGCUACUGGAGAGGCUGUAUUCCCUAGGAGACGAAACUCAUGCAUGACCUAUGGCUAUGUCAGUCCUGUUCGUCGCACCUCGGUGAGUUCUGACUAUGGAAGCGACUAUCCAUCCAGUGGAGGAGGCAAUUCGCGUCGGAAGUCGACCCAAUUCCAUAAUGUGUUGGACGAUUUCAAUCCUUACGAUAGUUCAUGCUACGAUGAAAUAACAACCUACAAAUGCGAUUAUUGUGAUGAGCGAUUCGACGACAAACAAAGCCUUGCCAGACACACCGAUGUUCGUCCGUGUCGUGUAGAACUGGAACCUCUCAAUUUAGAUCUACUGCUGGAAAGAAUGGAUCUUGAUGAGCUUUUGAUGCCUUUGAAUAAUAUUCCCGACGUAACAAUCAUUGAACCGCCCAUAGAAAUCGUCGAUCUCACAUAGCGGCGUCCUGCUGAUUCUAACAGGUGCGAUUCUCCCUUAAUGUACCCCAGUUCACUUUGUGAUCCUACGGUAUAUUUGAACUACCUAAAAAUUAGACCGAAAUCCCGGUGGAUGGAUUCCGGUAUUUGAAUAAACAAAUGGGCUGAUUAAAAUCGAUACUAAUUGAUUUUUUAAGACAGUAGACUUGAGUACGUACGGGAUCAUACAAACAAAUAGUGAAAUUGAAGACGAAGAAAAUGGUCAGUUAAAUGAUAGGAGGAAAAGCUGUACCCAACUGGGAGAAUUUUAAACUUUACAAGCACGAGAAGCUUAUUUCAUAUAAACACGUUUUAAUAAGGUAUGAAUGGCUCAGUUUUGUUCAUUGCAUUGUGUUUUAUUCAGUGAUGUAGAAUACCAAAUCGAAAACUUUGUUGCAAUUAUAAAAUAUUCCGCAAUCCGUUGUGCUUUAACGCACAACUUGUAUUAAGCUCA